UGUGGCCUGGGCCCAACUGCGAGGCCUGUGGCCAGUGGAGGGGAGGAGAACGACGAGGGGCAGACAGGGCUGUGCUGGAGGCGGGCCUGCCAACCAGCCUGCCUUCCUCUCUUUCUGCCGGCCAGGGCCAACCCAGAGGAGGCUGAGGCGGAGACUCUGAGCGGAGGAGGAAGGGCUCUCCUCAGCUCCACCGGGGAAGCAAGCGAGGGAGCCGGCCGAGCGUGGGGGGCGGAGGCGCUGGGCCCGGAGCGCGGUCUUCCUGAGGGAACCAUGGAGCCUCGCCCUCUCCCUCGCCUCAGGCCGGCCUGGCUCGUGCUCUGCCUCCUGCUCUGGAUGCCGAGCUUUGGAAGUGCCAAUUCAGUGACUCUACCAGAGACAUUGCUGUUUGUUUCAACUCUCGAUGGAAGUUUGCAUGCAGUUAGCAAGAGGACAGGGUCAAUCAAGUGGACAUUAAAGGAAGAUCCUGUACUUCAAGUGCCAUUACAUGUGGAAGAUCCUAGACCAGCGUUUCUUCCUGAUCCUAAUGAUGGAAGCCUCUACACACUUGGUGGCAAGAACAAUGAAGGCCUGACUAAACUGCCAUUCACCAUCCCUGAACUAGUCCAAGCGUCCCCUUGUCGCAGUUCAGAUGGAAUCCUAUAUAUGGGGAAGAAGCAGGAUAGCUGGUAUGUGGUAGACCUUGUGACAGGGGAAAAACAGCAAACGUUAACCUCUUCAUUUGCUGAAAGCCUAUGCCCAUCUACUUCUCUUCUGUAUCUUGGCCGCACAGAAUAUACAAUCACCAUGUACGAUACCAAGAGUAAGGAGGUCCGCUGGAAUGCCACGUAUUUUGACUACGCAGCCACUUUGCCAGAUGAAGACGUCCAAUAUAAAAUGUCCCACUUUGCAUCAAAUGGAGACGGACUGGUGGUGACUGUGGACAGCGAGUCAGGGGAUGUCCUGUGGAUCCAGAAUUAUGGCUCUCCAGUUGUCGCUUUCUACAUCUGGCAACGGGAAGGACUGUGGAAAGUGAUGCACACCAAUGUGGGAGUGGAAACACUGCGCUAUCUGACAUUCAUGUCUGGUGAAGUCGGACGCAUCACUAAGUGGAAGUAUCCAUUCCCAAAAGAAACAGAGGCCAAAAGCAAAUUGAUGCCAACGCUUUAUGUCGGCAAACAUUCUACCGGCCUCUAUGCAUCACCAUCAAUGGUCCAUGAAGGAGUGGCUAUUAUGCCCCGAGGAAGUCCCAUACCUCUGAUAGAAGGUCCAAAAACACAAGGUGUUACCAUUGAAGAGUGUGUUAUCACCCCAAGCACUGAUCUGAAAUUUUCAUCUGGAUUUAAACGAAAGAACAGUCUCCAUUAUUUAAGAAACCACUGGCUUUUAAUAGGACACCAUGAGACACCAUUAUCAGCUCCAACCAAGAUCCUCGAGAAAUUCCCUAGCAAUUUGCCAAAACGACAAGAAAAUGUGAUCCCAGCAGAAUCAGACAAAUCUGCUUUUGAAGAGGCAAUUGAUAUAACUGGGAGUUCAACAAAAGACUUGCCUCCUCCUCCUCCAAAAAGCACUGGAGAGUCACCCAGCCAGCCUGGUCCCCGAACAGAAGAUCCUGUCGACUCCAUAUUGAAAGACAUGGCCACAGUCAUCCUGAGCACCUUCUUACUAAUUGGCUGGGUGGCCUUUGUCAUCACAUAUCCACUGAGUGUCCACCAUCAGCAACAGCGACAACAUCAGCACUUCCAGAGACAGCUGGAAGAAAAGAUUCAGUUGCUGAAGCAGCAACCCUUCAGUCCUGCCCUGGAGCUGACCCCCGAAGGAGAGUCCUUGGAAGGUCUCUGCACCAGGCCAGAGGGCUCUGCCACCAGCUCCCCCAACCUGUCCCCGAAAGCAUCAAACCACUCUGCAUACUCCAAUAUCUCUGCCUCUGAUGCGGGAAGCUGCCUUUCCACUGAGCAAGAAGAAGAUGGGAGCACAAGCACAAUAGUGGUUGGAAAGAUUACAUUUAACCCAAAAGAUGUACUUGGACAUGGAGCUGAAGGAACCAUUGUUUAUAGGGGGACGUUUGACAGCCGAGAUGUUGCUGUGAAAAGAAUUCUCCCUGAAUGUUUCAGUUUUGCUGACCGGGAGGUGCAGCUCUUGCGAGAAUCCGAUGAGCAUCCCAAUGUGAUCCGCUAUUUCUGCACAGAAAAGGACCGGCAGUUCCAAUACAUAGCGCUAGAGCUCUGUGCGGCCACUUUACAAGAGUAUGUGGAACAAAAGGACUUUACUCGCCAUGGUUUACAACCAAUCAUCCUCUUGCAACAGACAAUGUCUGGCCUCGCUUAUCUCCAUUCCCUCCAUAUUGUCCACAGAGAUCUGAAACCCCACAACAUCCUUAUUUCGAUGCCUAAUGCCCAUGGCAAAGUCAAAGCCAUGAUUUCUGAUUUUGGUCUGUGCAAGAAGCUCGCAGUGGGCAGACACAGCUUCAGCCGUCGGUCUGGAGUACCAGGCACUGAAGGCUGGAUUGCGCCAGAGAUACUAAGUGAGGACUGCAAAGAUAAUCCAACCCAUACAGUAGAUAUUUUUUCAGCUGGGUGUGUCUUCUAUUAUGUGAUAUCUGAAGGCAGCCAUCCAUUUGGCAAAUCCCUGCAGCGGCAAGCCAACAUUUUGCUCGGGGCCUACAGCCUGGAUUUCCUAAAUCGAGAAAAACACGAGGACAUAGUUGCGCAUGAUUUAAUAGAGCAAAUGAUAAAUAUGGAUCCUCAAAAACGGCCUUCAGCUAACUGUGUGCUAAAGCAUCCAUUUUUCUGGAGUUUAGAGAAACAGCUGCAGUUUUUUCAGGAUGUGAGUGACCGAAUUGAAAAAGAGACAUUAGAUGGUCCAAUUGUCAAGGAGCUGGAAAGAGGAGGAAGAGCUGUGGUGAACAUGGACUGGAGAGAGCACAUCACUGUCCCUCUACAGACAGAUCUUCGAAAAUUCCGAUCCUAUAAAGGAGGGUCAGUUAGAGAUCUCUUGCGGGCAAUGAGAAACAAGAAACACCACUAUAGAGAACUUCCCCCAGAGGUCCAGGAGACGCUGGGUUCUGUCCCAGAUGAUUUUGUGCUUUACUUUACAUCACGUUUCCCUUACCUCCUUCUGCACACCUUCCAUGCUAUGCAAAUCUGCUGCCAGGAAAGACUAUUCUUGCCUUACUACAUACAGGACUCUGAUGGACAGAUUUCCCCUGGAGAUGCUGUUUGAAAGGCGAAGAUGUCGUAUUUCAUUACACACACAGGGCUGUGGAACAGGCCUGUCCUCACCUAGGUGACUGGAAGGAUUGAUAAAGAGCAGUGGGAAGCCUCUUUGAAAGAUCCAGCGUCACCCAAAGUGCCUUGAACUCUGCCUGUCUGACUCAGGAAGUGGAUUCCAGGUUGGAAUCCAAGGAAGAAGGCUGCGUAACCUGCGCACAGCUUUAAAUUACAGAAGAAAGGAGUAAGCAAAAGACAACUCCUAUGAAGAAAAGUGGAGCAUAAAGUAGCUCAAGUUGGCACAAGUGUCAUUAUGGUCCCAGAAGUAAAUAUACUGUGUAUUGAUGACAUUCAUGCAACUUUACUGCAUAUAAUUGUUUUAAAAAAUAUUGACUGCAAAGCAUUCAGAUGGGCAAGCACCUUCAGGAGUUCAAGGAAGACCCUUCUUGCUGUAGCAUAUGUUGUUUCCAUUCGCAGCCACAUUGUACAUUUAAAGCAGAUGCAAGGAUGAUUGGUUGUUAAAGGAAAGAGAGGUUUAAAUAUUCGGGAUCCAGCAAUACAAAGGCAAAUGGCUGAAGUAUAGCGCUUCAAAUAUUAAUCUCCCAAAUAUUUCAAAAAAGUGAGAGUUGACCUUGGAAAAUACCAGCUACAAAUGUCAGCCCAAAGGAUAAUGGCUCACAGAUGGGUAAGAGUGCCAUCAUAUGCUGCAGAGAGACCCACAAGUCUAGAUGUUUCUGGAACAAGGGUUGACUUGCAUUAUAGCAGUAGAAAUUCAUUAUACCUUUGGGGAAAACUAUUCAGAUGCCAUUUCUAGCUUCUUUUUUUGUGAAGCUAGAAAUGUGACUUAGAGCUGCAGGAGCCAAAGUAAUCUCCGAAACUGGUAUAUUUCUUUUGCGAUCUCAUUGAGAUCAGUGUAGGGCAAUGUUUGAAAAAAGACAGCAGGAUACUAGGAUGGAUGGAUGGAUGGAUGGAUGGAUGGAUGGAAGGAAGGAAGGAAGGAAGGAAGGGAGGGAGGGAGGGAGGGAGGGAGGGAGGGAGAGAGAGAGAGAGAGAGAGAGAGAGAGAGAGAGAGAGAGAGAGAGAGAAACUACUCAUACAUUUCUUUUUCCAGUGCAAACUGAACAGGACUUGGGAAAUGUGCCUCUACAGAAUCUCCACCCUCCAUAGGAUUGCUCUCCAGAUUGUUUAUUCUGAUGCAGCUGGUCUUAGCAGGAGAAAUGUUAUCUUUACAACCACAGUAAAAGCGUAGUCUUUCAAACUGGAAAAGGAAUUCUGUUCCAGAAGGUUUCCGGGAAGUUGAAGCGAGAUUUGUUUCUCGUUUUGAAAGUUGCAAUUUUCCUUUUCAGUGUCCUUAAAAAACUGUUGCUCCCGUUGUCUGUGCAGAAGGCGUUAAGAAUCCACAGCAAUGUUCCCCAUGUUCCUGCGUCACAUUUGUAGUAUUCUUUUACAAAAUAUUUAUUUUACAUAUUUAUAUUUAUUUAAAUUUUUACUACAGAGCAGUACCACAUUUAAAUGGUAUAAGUGUAAAUCAUGCCAAAUCUCAACAAACUAAAAAAUGAAACCCUCUCUGAUGCAGUAAACAUUUUUUUUAAAAAGGAUAAAGAAAAGGUAUACUGCAUCUUUUCAACCAAUUUGUGCAUUUUCACUGAAUCAGAAUAAAAUAUUUUAAUUUAAAUGAUGUUUGUAAUCUAUGUGGCUGUAUUUCUGUGUGAUUUACAUGAGUAAAUUAUUAAUGGUUCAUUGUAUGAUUGGGCAUUGAUGUGGGCAUAUGAUUUUUGCUUUUUUUUUUGUUCUGUUGAUUUGGGACCUUACUUUGCAGGGAAGUAGAUCUUUUCUAGCUUUUUUAAGCAAAAGCAGAUGAGGUAAGAUACCCAGAUAUUGACAUUGCAGGAAUGAAAGCUUGAAAAUAACAAUAGUCUUAACUUAAUUGAAAUCAUAUUUCUUAUUUUUGUAGCUCUGUUGUACAAUACUUUUAUAUUUCUUCAAAAUAAGAAUUUCACACAGCUAAAGAAUAAAAAUAGCCUUGGAAACAA